GGUAUUAUAAAUGAAGGUCUGUUGGUGAUUCAAGACAGUCUUUCUGAUUUCAUGUUGUGAGUAAGAACAACUAUCAUGGCUUGUACAAAAAAAUGGGCAGUGUUUGCUGUAUUCGUGUCUGUCAUUGUUGUGGUUGCCAUAGUGGUACCAAUAGCAGUCUUUAGAAAUGCUGGCCAAACGAAGGGCAACUCGCUAGAGGGCGGCUCUAUGGCACCAAAUGAGAUGUUUCUACAGUUUGCCGCUAUGAUACAAUGCACAACCAAGAAAAAUCCAAUUCAAUACCAAGGAUAUGGAUGUCAUUGUGGGUUCCUCAACGGUGGUAGCGCUAAACCAGUUGAUGCUACUGAUCAAUGCUGUAUGGAUCAUGAUAGAUGUCUAAAAGAACUGGAAACAACUGGAGUAUGUACCAAACAUGCUUUCAUUACCACUUACGCAGUCGAGAUGAAAGGAUGUGGAAAGAAAAAGGCAGCAAACAUAACAUGCAAACCUCAAGCCGAUUACAGUCCUUUGGAGGCGACGUUUGCUUUUGGUAAGGUCGACUGCGCUGAGUCAUUGUGUCGAUGUGAUAGAGAAGCCGCCGUCUGCUUCAGUCAGAAUCCAUUCCAGAACCGCUACAAGAUGGGUAGGAAACGUAAAUCGGCUUGUAAGGCUGGACCAGAGACAGGACCAGGAACAGGAACAGCAACAGGAACAGGAACAGGAACAGGAACAGGACCAACGGCUGGUCUACCAACCAGUACGGAUAAACCAAUGUUACAGACGACUGUAUUUCAACCACCAGUACAAGAGACUGGGAGACCAGCUCCCAUCUACCGUAUACAGGGGCGGAUCUAGCUUUUUGACAAGGGAGAGGGGGGGGGGG